CUUUCCCACCCAGUUUCUAUAACGUCGUUUCUGUGUUUCGAAUUCUCCGGACUAUUAUUCUAUCAUUCGAACUCAAUAGCCCGACUAGUGGAACAACUACAAUGGCAAGAAGGACCCGUCUUUCUCAUGCCGAUUACACGGUUGGAUGGAUAUGCGCCCUAUCUCUGGAGAUGGCAGCUGCGAAGCUCAUGCUCGAUGAGGUCCACGAGAACCUAUCGUCACAACCGAACGACCAUAACUCUUAUUAUUUCGGGAAUAUUGGGCAACACAAUAUUGUACUUGCAUGCCUGCCACAUGGUGAAUAUGGCAUUGCGUCUGCCGCUACUGUAGCCACGCAGUUGAAAUCCAGUUUCCACUCGAUUCGCUUUGGUUUGAUGGUCGGCAUCGGAGGAGGGGUGCCAAGCGAAGGUGAUAUCCGCCUUGGUGAUGUUGUGGUCAGUAGACCAACGGGUGCACAUGGAGGAGUGGUGCAAUAUGACUACGGCAAAGCAUUAAACGAAGGCGUAUUUCAGCGAACAGGCAUGCUCAACCGUCCACCUCAAAUCCUCUUGACAAGUCUUAACAAAGUAGAAACGAACCACAUGACCGAAGGGAGCCGAGUCCCGAGAUUUCUCGACGACAUAAAACGCAAGAUACCCAACUAUGCUGCAAAUUUCGCUCGUCCAACUCAAGCGGACUGUCUCUACAUGACCGGCUAUGAUCACGCCAUUCCCAGCUCCGAAACUUGUGAUGGUUGUGAUAAAACUAUGGACGUCCAACGAGCCAAUCGAAAGGAUAACAACCCUGUUAUUCAUUACGGGGUGAUUGCGUCCGGUAAUCAAGUUGUGAAAAACAGUCACCUACGAGAUAAUCUAGGUCGUGAACUCGGAGCAUCCUGUGUGGAGAUGGAAGCGGCGGGAUUGAUGAAUAAUUAUCCAUGUCUCGUGGUGCGCGGCAUUUGUGAUUACGCGGACUCCCACAAAAACAAAGAAUGGCAACGAUAUGCUGCUGCCGCGGCAGCAGCAUAUACCAAAGAACUUCUCCUGGAGACACCAGCCAUCCACAUUGAUCAAGCACAGACCGUGCAAGAGAUUCUGUAUGAUUCUGAUAUACAUCGGGUUGAAGCAAGCGAAGACGAGGAUGGAACAAGCGAAGACGAGGAUGAAGAAAGCGAAGAAGAGGAAAGCGAUGGUGAAAUCUUGGAAAGUAGAGGCAAUGCCUCAUCUCAGCGUCGCGACAAAUGCUAUAACUGUUGGAGAUAUGGACAUUGGAGGAACCAAUGUCCUGAUCUCACUUGUGACAGAUGUGGCUCUUUAGGUCACUAUGCCACAACAUGCACUCGACAACAAGGGAUUUGCUAUAAAUGUGGGACUUGGGGACAUUUUGCAGAGACAUGCUGGAUAUCGUAAUAUUCGUGUUAUCGAUGAGGAAUCCGGGGUUACUACAUAUUGGUACAAGAUGGGGACAUAUAUGUAAGCUGCAAUUAUAAGGGUUUAC